AUGCUUGUAAAUUCGUCUUCGCGUCCAUCAAUUCCCAAGCUCGAUAGUGUAAAGCAAGAAGGCGACAAUAAUGAUGGGUACACCAACGGGAAUGAGAACAGCGAAACCUUAAUAGGUGAAGUCAAGGUUGAUUUGCAGGUGCUAACUUCACAAAAAGUAUCAGAUUUGAUAAAUAUUGCACUCACGUAUUUUGACCACCAAAUCUUAUGCUAUAUUUUAAACACAAGAAAGACACAAGAGUUAUUUGAAGAUUUGCGAGCCCAUGUAGAUGAGAUAGGUUACGCCGAACAGAUAUUUUGCACAUAUCCCAACAAUACUUACAUCUCACCAGAAUUGAUUUACUCACUCAGUGUCAUUGGCUCAAUAUAUCGAGAUGAUCUUCCCGGUGCACUCUUCUACUACGAGCUUUCGCAACGCAUAAUCUUUCACAACUAUACAUUGAGCAAAUCGUCCUAUCCAAAAUUGGUGGCAUUGGUACUCAAUGCGUUUUUCGAACUUAAUCGUGGGGAAUUAUCGCUGGCAUGGCAAUUAUCGGGGAUGUCGUUCCGCAUGGGGUUUGAUCUUGGACUCCACGACUCAACCAAAGAGGAGCCGGAUGAAGCAAUGAACAAUUUAAAAAACUUGACAUAUUGGGGGACAUUCAUAAUUGAUAAUUAUGCAGGGUACAUCUUUGGUAGACCCAAGAUGUUAAUGUAUGAUUGUGAUUAUCCAAUUUUCAAUAAUGGAUUGAAUGAUAUAAAGUUGCCUCAUAUUGUUGGUUUAUUAGCCAUGGGGGAUCCCAUGAUUACUUCAAUUUAUCAAAUAAUGCCAUUCAAAGAUGCCGAGGAGUUUAAAAGAACAUUCAUUGUUAAAUACAAUCAAUUGCGCGAGUACAAUAACCGGUUAAUUCAAUGGAGAAACGCCUUACCCAAGGAACUAGUAUGGAACAUGUCUAGUCUUAAACGAAGUGCACGAAUCACCGACCAUCUGUUUAAAUUUGCAUUCUAUUUAAUGUUUAUAAUCUUGAACAAGCCGUUUUUGUUGUUGCCGAUAGGAAGUGAUAUUCUGAUGUUUACCGUGAUAUGUCAAGAAAUGGAAAUAAUAUUCAGAAACGUGGAGGAUCCAUGCUAUUUGAAAAACAUUGUGGUGCUAUACGUGAUGAUUCUUGUGUGUAAAUUAAUGUUGAUACAGCUAUUGAACCGCAACUCGAAAAAGAUUGACGAACAAUUUGAAAGAUUGGAGUUCUUUAUCAGUUAUAUAAAAGUCGUGUUUAAAGCCGAUGUGUGGAUCCUUGCUAAGUAUCCAUUGGCUAUGUUGGAAUCAAGGGUAAUGGUAUUGAAAAAAGAAUUGAAGCAGCACGAGCAAGUGAAUAGCCAAUCCACUCCGGCCAUAACUUCAACUCCAUCGGAUGCAAAUGCCGUACAGGUAAAAAUUACUGGCACGUCGAUUUCUUCAUCAUCAAGCUCGGGACGUUCAAACAGUAUAGUGGAUCCAAUGAUCCCAUACACAGAUGAAAACAUGUCGCAAAAUGUUGGUUUCCUUAAGAUGGUAGAUGCCUUGUUUAGCCAGGGGACAAUUACACCUACUCAGGGAAUGUUUCCUGUGCUGACCGCAGGUACCCCAACAGCUGCUCAAGAGCAAAUUGAUAAUAGUCUUCAUAUCAGUAAUAAUGGAGCAACUGGAGCGACUGUUCAAGGGUCAAGUGAGACAUUUAAUAAUAUUUUCAGCUUUGAUUUGUUAGAUCUUGACGCCUAUAUGCAGCAGUAA